GUAUCAAUUAUCAUCCUCUUCAAAAUUGAAGGCUUCUUUAUACAAAAAGCAUAUACAUGAAGUCCCUUCACUACUACACUUUAAAACCUCUCUCUGCCAUCCCAAAAAACAAUCAUAUCCUAAACUAUCUCUAACUUCAAAACUCAGAGAGAGAGACACUGAGAAAUUGUAUAGUUUUGUGUUAGAAGAAUGCACAUUUCUUACAUGUCAGUGUGCUUUGUUUUUGUUUCAUUUUAUGCUUCUGUUCUCCCCUUCACUCAAUGCACAACCUUGGAGGAAGUGAAUCAUUUUAAUAGCCACAGAAACACAAAUAGCAAAGUUCACAAGGUAAAUCAUCAGAAAUCAUCUGACAUUGCAUUACAUGGAUUUCUUCUGUGGGGUUCAAUGGGAUUCUUAAUGCCUCUUGGGAUACUUACCAUAAGAGGAUCCAAUAAAUCUGAACCUGGAUCAAGAAAGAGUAGAGUCCUCUUCUAUUUCCAUGUUACUUUUCAGAUGCUUGCAGUGCUUCUUGCCACAGUUGGAGCUGCCAUGUCCUUAAAAAAAUUUGAGAAUUCAUUUGAUAACAACCAUCAAAGAUUAGGCCUAGCACUUUAUGGUGCUAUACUGUUGCAAGCUUUCAUUGGAUUUUUCAGACCUCACAGGGGAAAGAAAGAGAGGAGUUAUUGGUACUUAGCACAUUGGAUACUAGGGACAAUAGUUUCAGUUGUGGGGAUAAUCAACAUUUACACAGGAUUAAAAGCCUACCAUAAGAGAACCUUAAAAAGCACAAAGUUUUGGAGUAUCCUUUUCACAGUGGAAGUCAUUUUCAUUGGAUUGAUAUAUCUUUUUCAAGACAAAUUGGAAUAUAUGAAAAAGCAAAGAGUGAUUGAAGGAAGCGAUGAGUCAACUAUGUCAUCUUACCAAGAUAUUCCUGAAAGACAAAAUCAAAAAGAGAUGUUGCCAGUUGCAUGUGGAAAGAUAAAUGCACUUGGUAAUUUGUUUGACUAAUAAUAUAUGGAUGAAUAUCUUUUGUUUACAUUUUGAUUAGGCUAUUUGCUUGUUAAUUUUCACUUUAGUUUUUGGUGUAUGCACUUUAUAUAUGAGUAAGUGGGCUAUGAUUUUGUUAAAGGUAAGUUGAUAGAGUGCAUUCAUCAAAAAGUGAAGUUUGAUUGGUGUAUGUUAUUAUUUUUCUUAGAUUUUACAAUGUAUAUUUUUCACAUGUAUUAUGAACAUCAUAAGUGUGUGUCACUGACCAUAGAGUGUGUAAA